UUGCUUCAUCUCAAAGCGUCCUCCCACCUCAACCGAGAAUUUUCUAUUUCAGAUUAUCAACUUAGUCGCGAUUCCGAGGCCGCCGGACCGAAUACCCCAUUCGGUAUCUGAAAUAAGUGUAAACUGCGCGUUAUAUCAUAUCAACGCCUCUUAUCUACGGCCUUUGAUAAGAGAUUCGACCAUUUGCCAGUGUCGUCCGCGUCAAUUCGUCAGUCAGUGAAUCACCGCUAUUAAUUCGAAGGUCUUUUUACGUCGUGGUUUUUGGUGUCGGGUUUGCUUUGAGAAAAUCUCGAAUCGCUGUGUUAGUGCUUCACACAAUUUUUCGUGUUGCCACAAAAACUCCAUGUGUACGACAGUUAAACUGGUGACGAGAAGAACAUGGAGGAAACCGCCAAUUUAACGGAUUGCUCGACAUUCAGUCAGAAUAGUGUCUCCACGUCGGACGGAACAAAUGGGUUCACUCCGCGCAGCAUAUUGUUCCUGCUCAAGAAACACGACGAGUAUCUUCUCGCCAAAGCUAAGCCGCUACAAAAACACUUCAGCUGCUCCUUAAAUGUGGUUAUUAAGGACAAAUUUGAAACAAAUGACCUAAUAGAUAUUAUUGCCGAAACUCUAGUCGUAAUAGAUGAUUUUGAAGGUCCCCUGUUUGAACACCUUGAACAAAGAGUUCGCUCCACUCCAAAGAUUAUUCAAGUCCGUGGACCUCCAGCCUUCAUCGAUGCCUGUGAUAAAUUAAGUUUAGAAACACGUAAAAGACCAUUGUUUUGUAAUGCAAUGACAUCAAUGGUUUUCUUCUGUGAUGUUAAAAAUAAUAAAAGAAAAAAGAUCUUAAUGGUGAACCUAAUUAGGCAUAUGGGUGGUAGUGUGGUUCACCAUGUAGGCAGUAGAGUAACACACAUCAUCACCGAUCACUCAUCCACGGACGGAUAUGAAUAUGGGGGUACUUUCAACCUCCCUGUUAUAACGACCGAUUGGGUUUUCCAAUGUUGGUCGCAAAGAAAAGAUUUAGGAUUUAAAGCCGGUGAUAUCAGUGUGGUUGACUACACAGUAAAAGUUUUUAGCAAUUGUUAUGUCUGUUUUAUUGGUUUUACAAAUGAUGAUGUCCAUCUUAGAAGACUAUCCGAGAAUGGUGGAACACUUGUUGCUUUAAAUGAUAUAAAAACAAAAAGAUGCACACAUAUUGUUGUGAAUGAUUGUGAAAAGAGUAUAACUCAUGAUUUCCUUGAUAUUGAUCCUCCAAUAUUCAUAGUGACAUCAGCCUGGUUUUGGACGUCCAUAAUAGAGGGAACUGUAGCAAAAGAAAGCGAAUAUCUUUUUAAUAAUGGACUACGAUCAAGUUAUAGUAAAAAAUGUGUCUCUUCAUCCGCGCCUUUGCUAGAAGAAAAUGGUCUCUUAAACAACAAUAAUUGCUGUAGUCAAAAUCUAUUCACAAAUUCGUCACCAAACAAAAAGACCUGCAAGUUAUUGGAGCUGGUUCAAACUGAAGAAAAUUAUGUCAAUGCUUUGAGUACAAUAAUGAGGAUACACGAAUGCACUGUUGACCCAUCACAAGUGGGAGGAGCUCUUCUAAGUGAAGGAGAAGCACGAAUCAUAUUUGGUAACGUUAAGGCAAUUUAUGAGGUACAUGUAACUAUUCUGGCUGAGUUAGUCAAAUGUGCAGAGAAUUGGAGUGAUGCAGAUACAUUAAUUGGACCUAUUUUUUCCGAGAGAGCGCAAGAACUCUUGGAUUCCUAUUCCCCUUUUCUUAGGUACUAUGAUGUCUCAAAUAAAAUACUGACAGAUUGUGAAAGGGAGAAUCCAAGAUUCCAUGCUUACUUGCAGCUGUGUAAAAACGAAUGUGGAAGGCAGAAUCUGAAAGAUCUGCUAAUAAGGCCUGUUCAGCGUUUAGGGAGUACAACUUUACUUCUCAAAGAUUUAUUGUCAACAACUCCUCCUAGUCAUCCAGACUAUUUAAAACUUGGUGAAGCUUUGUGGAAUAUUGAGAAAGUUAUGAACUCAUUGAAUGAUGCUCGGAAAGAUAUAGCAGAUCGUUCAGUAAUCUUUGAUGUUUUCAAUCUAAUCGAAAACUGCCCGUCUACGUUGAUUUCAUCCUCAAGGACGUUUGUUUUCCAGUUUGAAGCGCAAGAAAUUUCCAAAGCACCUGAAACACUUAGCCGAAGGGGAGACUACCUAGUAUUUUAUAUUUUCUCCGAUUGUCUUGAGAUUUGCCGGAAGAAAAAGGAAGUCGUUGCCACAACCAAAGAGGGGACCUUUAUCAGUGAUAAAAUUAUGAAACUCAUGCAUGGCAAACCUUAUAAACACGUCAUUUUAAUGAAGUUCUCCACUCUUCGUUCAAUCAACAAUAUUGUCUGCACUGAAGAUGAUGGUAAAGAAGAUCUCUUUGGAUUCACAUGCCGAGAAGAUGGUGAACUCAGAGAGAGACACUAUUUUUUCCGUCUCAUAAAGCAUAAACAUGCAACAAAUUACAAUAAAAUAGUAGCUCUCACUAAGUUGAAGAAGACCAUGGAACAAAUUGAGGGUACUCUCACCUUUAGGCCCAAAAUUGUAACAAUAAGUGCUCAAGAAGUGGGAUUAAAUACGUCCCAUUCUCCCAGGAGAUUGACAUCUCUUUCAACCUUCGCAUGCCGUUCUAAAGUUUUCAUGAAAAGCAUCAUUAGAAAUACUGACAAUUUAUCUCCAUCAAUUACACAAAAUCAUCGUAAAUUAUCUUCUAUCCCCAAAUCAUUGAGUUUAGAUAAUUUACUCACUGAAUUACAAGACGAUCAAGAAGUUACAGGCCCGUUACGGACUGCCUCUUUUCCUAUAGGAGGACGGUGAUAAAAUGAACUGAAUCUAAUCUUUACCGUUCCUAAAUGCCCAUUCAAAAUAUUUGUCAAUAAACUCUUUGUAUGUAUCAGUCAUAAAACUGAAAAACUUGCCAGUUUUAAUAGAUGAACUUUUUGCAAUUUUUUAAUUUUAUUUGUUCUUUUUUUAGUUUUGCCUCCUUGAAGUAAAUAAUUUUCUUGUGUCAACUCACCAGUAUUAUUAGGCUUUUAGUCUGUACAUCUGUUAGACAUUCUUGUUUUUCAUCUUCAAUGCCGUGAAAAACUGAAAACCAUUGUGCAUAUUAUAAACGCUAUAACUGAUGGUAUGUUCAUGGUACGUCACGGACGGUAUGUUAUAUUAAACUGCCGACCUAAUCAAAUUGUGUCAAAUUGUCAAUCUUUUAUCUUAUUAACCGUACAAAGCUGACUGUGAUCCUAUUAAAGCAA